AUGGAGCCUCCGCAUAGAACAUCGCGACCAAGGUCUACACUGUUCGCUGCCAAUGAUUCUGAUUCGAGUAGUAGCGACGAGGAAGAGGAAGAAGACAUCAGGAAGGAGGAAGAAGAUGAGGAAGAGGAAGAGUUGCGGCUCCACGCGAGGCGGCUUUCCCAGCGGUUUGAGCAGACGGGCGGCCAGGCCGGGAGGUGGUGCUGUGCCUCGUGCAGCUUCAUCAACGGGACGGAGCUACUCACCUGCCAGGUGUGCACCCGCCCGCGUAGGCGACGCCUCGAAGACGAAGCCCAAGACCGCACCCAGAGCAACGUGCACGAGUUUUCGUGGGACGUGUUCAGCUCGCUGGCGGAUGAGGUCGUGCUCUGCGUGUUCUCGCACCUCGGCCUGGAGGGGCUCUGUCGCGUGUCCUCCGUGUGCCGCCGGUGGAGGCGGCUCGCCGACGACGACACCCUCUGGGAAUCGCUCCUCCACCGGGUCAUCGUCCGAGCUGAUGGCGCGGAGGAAGCCGACCCGCCAGUCCCCGAGAAGGAGAAGAAGGCGCACCGAAGGAGUGCCAUCUACUACCACUCAACCGCAGGCAGAAGGCUCAAGGCCGCCUCGCUCACCAGGCUCAUCGACCUCAUCACACCGGGCGACGAGACCGGAUCUCGCUUCUGUGCGGGGGACAUCAACGAGCAGAAGGCCUUCCUGGCCACCUACCUGUCCUUCACCACGCCUGACACACUACUGGAGAAGCUCAUACGCCUGUAUGUUCGAGUAUGCGAAAAGGCCAAGCAACUCCAGCUCAGCCAACAGGAGCACGGCAACCACCAGAACAACAACUACAGCAGCAGCAGCAGAGAAUUCGUGGCCAGGCCGCACGACGACUUCGGUGCGCGCGGGCGGGUAUCGCGCGCGCAGACGUUCAACAGCAGCAGCGGGUGGGAGGCCUACGCGGGUCCCGGAGCGGCGAAGAAGAAGCGUACGGCCACCCUGAUCGGCAACAGCAAGGAGCGACCGCGGGAAGCAGAGGCCCGGGAGCAGCCGGUGGUGCUGCCGCCGUCGACAACAUAUAUGGAGCCCGGCCCUGGCGGCGAUGGCGCCCACGCCACUGUCGACACCGAUGCGUCGGGACCGCAGCUGACGCGGCACAGGCCCGGAGGCCUGUCGGCCACCGAUGGCGAACCGUUGGACGACGAUGCUGUGUCGAUCGUGGUCACGUCCGCCCCGACGGAGGAGCACGAGCAGCAGCUGCAGCUGCAGCAGGGGGAGGUGACGGUGACGGCGCGGGGGCGGACGGCCACGUGGCUUUCGGCCCAUCUGCCGGAGGAGCACGACGAGCACGAGCGGCUGAGCGGUGGUGGCGCGCUGAUGAGCGGCCAACACCAUCAGGCCUCAUCGGCGCCCUCGACGUCUGCGGUCUAUGAGGAGCCCGCCAACAUCACUCGCCUUCGGUCUCGACAUCCUAUUGGCGGAAUGGAGGUUGAGGGAGAGAACGAACACGAACACGAACACGAACACGAACACGAACUUGUACAACCCAAGACCCGAAGCCAGCAGCCGGGCCGAUACCUCCAAAGGUCUCAAGAAGAGCCCACCGCAGAAGAACGCGACGCCAGCCUUGUUUUCCGCCGAACGGUUCCGGCGGGGUUCGACCAUGGCGUCGACGAAGGCCCCGUCCGCCGAGCCGAACAGCGCCACCGCCGCCUCGCCCAGCUGGUCCAGCUCCUCCGUGCCCACCCGCCCGACCAGCCUAUCGACAUCCAGCCUCGCCGAGACCGUACACGCCCCCCUCCCACCCGUUGGUUUACAUUUGAUUUGCAUUUGCGUGUGUUUAAAUGA